AUGAACAAUGAGGAGAUAGACAAGAAACACUUGCGGGACUUGGAAAUCAUCAAAGACAAGACUGAUGAUCUUCAAAAUGCUGUAAAGCUCAGUGAAGAAAGGUUAAUGAAAGUAACAGCCCAGUAUAAUGGCCAGCUCAACAUACUACGAGACGAGAAUAAAGUGCUACAAGCCAAACUGAAGGAAGCGAAAGAAAACCAGGAAAAACUAGAAGCAGAACUUGAAUCCCACCGUCUCAGACUGGCAGAUGCUAACAGUGAGCGUCACCAAAGUCAGGUCUCCCAAAGAGACCUUGCCUUCAUUGUCCAGAGAACAAAAGAAGAAUGGUCUGAUACACUGGAGUAUAUGAACUCUCGUGCCGAAACCCUUUUCCAACAACUCUGUGAUGCAGAAGAGAAAUUCAGUUGCCUGCAAGCUGAGUUUUGUCACAUGAAAGAUGCUCUUCGAGAGAAGAGUUUUGCUCUAGAAGGUGCACAGAGAGACCUGAUGGAAGCACAGUUGGAAAAGCAGAACAUUCAACUGAAGUAUCAAAGUGAACAAAGGACAGUGAGUAUGUACAUUGUAAAGCAGGAGUCUUUAGAGCAGAGACUGUCCGGACUGCAAUGUAAAACUAUGUCACUUCAACAACAGCUGGAUGAUGUUCACAAGGAUUCUGCAGAUAAAGAGAAGGCAAAACACAGCAGAGACAGCCCGUGUGCUGCAGUGGUGAAGGCUCUUGAAGUAGGGCAUGAAAGGUACAGUCUGCUUUUGGAAGAGGAAAACAAGAAGUUGCUUGAUGAAUGCAAUCACUUAAAAGAAAGGCAGUACCAAUAUAAAAAAGAGAAAGUGAAAAGAGAAGCAGUUUUGAGACAACUUCGCCAAGAACUGUGUGAUACCAUGCAAAAACUAUCCAGAUCGGAGACGUUACUAGAAACUACAUCACGUUGUCACAUUCAUUUAGAAGAUGAGACCCAACAUUCAAUGAGAAAAAUAAGUCAGAUGACAAACCAAUUUCAAGAAGUAGAGGAUCAACUCAAAGAGGAAGGACACCGUGCCGAGAAGAUGCUAGACCAAUGGAAAAAGAUCAAAAUGGCAAAUUCCAAAUUAAAACUUACUGUCAAAGACCAAGCCGAAAAACUCAACCAGUAUGAGAAAGACUUGUCAAGUGCAAGUUUCGUGCAGAAAUCUCUGGAAGAUCAGUUAGCAGAGACUAUAAAAUGUAAAAGGAUGAUGGAAGACCGCAUGAAAGGUAAGGUUAAAAGCAGCACACAAAAUAACUUGAGUAUUCAUAAAGCAAAUAGCAGUGUAAUAUGA